AACCGAACCCAAACCCAAACCCAAACCCAAUCCGUAACCGAUACUGAUUUCCUUCAAUAACAAGAAGCAGCAAUAAAAAGCAAAAGGAGUCGACGCAACCUUUCCCUUCUCUAUAUAAUUCAACAACCAAACUUUUAUUUCAGUUUUCAAAUUCAAUUUCACAAAAAAAUUCUCUCUUCUGUAUAGUUUCUCUUUCAAAUUUCGGUUAUCUGAUCAUAAAUUUAGUAUUAUUAUUAAUUUUUAUGGCUACGGAAGGUUUGGAGUCAUCACCGGUGUCGCCGGAGAAUAUAGGAGUGGAGUCGGCGGUAGCGAUGGAAUUUUUAUUGAGUGAUGAACCGAUGUCGUUUAAUACUCCAGCAACAGCAAGAGUACCGAGACGGAUACGAAAAAGACUGGCUGAAGAGGCUAAUAAUAAGAGUCCGUGUACUGUUGAAGAUAUCGAAGCUAAACUUAGACUUGCCGAUCUUCGUAGACAGCAAUUCUAUGAGACCCUGUCAAGCAAAGCAAGGCCAAAGCCUAGAAGCCCCUCAAGGUCUUCUUCAUCCCAUGAGGAAGACCUUGGUCAACGUCUUGAAGCCAAGCUUCAUGCUGCAGAGCAGAAGAGGUUGAGCAUUCUGGAAAAUGCCCAGAAGCGCCUGUCUAAGUUGGAUGAGUUGCGCCAGGCUGCAAAAACUGGGGUAGAAAUGCGAUAUAAGAGAGAAAGGGAGAGGCUUGGUACAAAGGUAGAAUUGCGGGUUCAGCAAGCAGAGGCGAAUAGAAUGCUUAUCUUAAAGGCAAAAAGACAAAGAAGAGCUAGCCUAAAGGAGAGGAGAUCCCAAUCAUUGUUGAGGCGAAUGGCACGCGAAAGCAAGUACAAGGAGUGUGUACGUACUGCGAUGCAUCAAAAACGCGCUGCUGCUGAGAGAAAGAGAUUGGGAUUAUUGGAAGAAGAAAAGAAGAGGGCAUGCUCUAGGUUGCAGCAAGUCAGGCGAGUGGCUAACUCGGUCUCUCACCAUCGUGAGAUAGAGAGACGGAGAAUGAGAGAUCAGUUGGAAAAUCGUCUGCAAAGGGCAAAGAGACAAAGAGCAGAGUAUCUGAGGCAGAGAGGAAGGCAACGUAAUUCUGUUCGAGUGAAUUGGAAUCAAAUGCAGAAGCAAGCUGAUCUCCUUUCCAGAAAAUUAGCAAGAUGCUGGAGGCAGUUCAUUAAGUCGAGCAGAACUACAUUAGACUUGGCAAAGGACUAUGAAGCCCUGAAAAUAAAUGAAAGUUCUGUAAAAUCAAUGCCGUUUGAGCAUCUUGCCCGUCUUAUUGAAUCUGCUACUACGUUACAGACUGUAAAAGCUCUACUUGAUCGACUUGAGAGCCGCUUUAGAGUUUCCAGGAUAGUUGGUAGCAAUCAACCAGCCAAGUUGGACAACAUUGAUCAUCUUUUGAAAAGAGUAGCCACCCCCAAGAAAAGGAACAGUCCUAGGACUUCUUUAAGGAGUAGAGAGACAAAAAAAGUAGGUUCUUCCAGGGAGACAUCCAGAAGUCCAGUUAAGUUGAUGAGGUAUCCAGUGAGAAUAGUCCUUUGUGCCUACAUGAUUUUGGGGCAUCCAGAUGCUGUUUUCAGUGAUCAAGGAGAGCAUGAGAUCGCUCUGGCAAAGUCUGCUGAAGAUUUUAUUCAACAGUUUGAAUUGCUGAUGAGGAUUAUACUAGAUGGCCCUCUACAUAGUUCGGAUGAGGAAUCCGACUCUUUGUCACCAAAACGCUAUACCUUCAAAUCUCAGCAAGUAGCUUUUGAUAGAGCAUGGUGCACCUACUUGAACUGCUUUGCAGUGUGGAAGGUGAAGGAUGCUCAGUCAUUGGAAGGAGACUUGGUGAGAGCCGCUUGCACACUUGAGCUUUCUAUGAUUCAAAAAUGCAAGCUGACACCAGAAGGGGAAAGUGAGGCACUUAGUCAUGAUUUGAAAGCCAUUCAGAGCCAGGUUACAGAGGACCAAAAGCUUUUGAGGGAAAAGAUACAUCACUUAAGUGGAGGUGCUGGGAUUGAGCGCAUGGAAUGUGCUCUUGCAGAAACACGAUCCAAAUACUUCCACGCACAAAAAAAUGGAAGUCCAACAGGGUCACCAGUAACACACAUCCUCUCUCAUAGUGCAUCUAGUUCUCCUGCUGCUCCUCCUGUUGAUAGUCCUGGUGACAGAGAUGAUAUGAUUGAGGGUACUGAGAGGUCAAGCCGUGUAGUGCGCUCCUUAUUUAAAGAUGUUGCUUUGGCAAAUGAAGAAGUUAGUUCUUCUGCAACUGAUAGCAGCCAUCUUGAUACUCAGAUGGGCCCUGCUGGAAGAUUGAUAACAGAGAAUGAAUUGAUUGUAAAUGAAUUUCUUCAUGAGCGGCGCCAUAGCUUUGCUGAUAGAUUCAAUUAUGAUGAAGAAGACGGCAUCAAGGCAAAGAUAAGAAAGACUAUGGAAGAGGCUUUUUGGGAUGGAAUCAUGGAGUCCAUCAAGCAGGAUGAACCCAGCUACGAUAGGGUUAUUGCACUUGUGAGGGAGGUUAGAGAUGGAAUUUGUGAAAUGGCUCCAGAAAGCUGGAAACAAGAGAUUGCUGAAUCUAUUGACUUCGACAUUCUCUCUCAGGUGCUAAAAUCGGGUAACCUAGACAUUGGUUAUCUUGAAAAGAUUCUAGAUUAUGCAUUAGGUACCCUGAGGAAGCUCUCUUCCCCAGCCCAUGAGGAUGAGCUGAUAGCUGCACAUCAGUCAUUAUUGAAAGAGCUGGCUAAGACAUGUCAAACCCAAGAUGAGUCGCAGGGUUCACAUGCCGUCGCGAUGAUCAAGGGUCUGCGAUUUGUACUAGAGCAGAUUCAGGCUUUGAAGCAAGAGAUAAGUAAAGUGCGUAUCAAACUGAUGGAGCCUCUGUUGAAGGGACCUGCUGGACUAGAUUACCUCAGAAAAGCUUUCGCCAAUCGAUAUGGAUCUCAUGCUGAUGCCUAUACAUCUCUACCAUUAACCAAUAGGUGGCUUUCAUCUGUCAGGAAUGACAAAGAUCAGGAAUGGCAAGAGCAUGUUAAUUGUCUCUCGGCUUUGAUGAGCCAUAGUGACCAUGGGAAAUCAUCUCAGACGUUUCUUCCUUCCACCAUUCUCAGGACUGGUGGAAGGGGCAUGCUCAGAACAAAUGGAAGUGGAAUUGCCUCUUCCUCCGCUUCAAAUUCUACUGAUGUGGAUAUUGGAAAGCCAGAACCAGAAUGUAAUGGUGAAAAGAUUGAUCUGAUGGUGAGGCUUGGACUGCUGAAGUUAGUAAGUGGGGUUUCUGGUUUGACACAAGAAGCUCUACCUGAAACAUAUAUGCUUAACCUGCCUCGGUUGAGGGCUACCCAGGCUGAAAUGCAAAAGAUUAUAGUAACAGCUACCAGCCUUCUUGUUUGUCGGCAAACCCUCUUGAUGGAGCAAACAAUGGCUAGCAGCGCAGCAGACAUGGAAAGCCUAUUAUCAAAGUUGACGCAACAAUUGCUGGACGGCUUGGACCGUUCAAACGAUGUUGGAAUUGAAGAAAUAGUGGAAAUUAUUAGUCUAUCCUUGCAAAAUGGUGACAAACCAGUUAACGUCGAGAAACUGCAAUCGAGGAAGUUAGUGAUGGGUAGGAUGUUAGCUAAGAGCUUGCAGGCCGGAGACCCUGUUUUUGAAAAGGUCUCCAAGGCUGUAUAUUUGGCUGCAAGAGGAGUUGUGUUAGGCGGCAGCGGGCCUAGAGGAAAGAAACUAGUGGAGACUGCUCUGCGGCAAGUUGGGGCGGUGAUGCUGACCGAAAGGGUGGUGGAAACUGCUGAAGUUGUAGUGGUUGCAGCCGGCAUAUCGGUUGCGGUACAUGGGGCAUGGUAUGUAAAUUUGGUUGAUAAGAUGUGAUGGAUGUGCUUAUGUGAUUAAGGUUAAGAUUAUGGGAGUCUUGAUAAUACACAGUUGUACAUGGUAGUGGGUGUGUCUGUGUAAAGCUGUGUUUUAGGUGCAGUCUCAGAUGCGUUUGUAAAUGCAAUAAUAAUUAAUAUUUGACUGUAAUGCAGAAUUGUUAAGGGAUGGAAGUUUAUUUAAUGUAGAGGAAUAAAAUGUAAAUAUACAGUUCUUGGACAUAUAUUUUAUGUGCUAUAUAUUUUAGAGUUUGAAUUUAAA